AUGGACAAUUGGUUCACUCCCAUAUCAUCCCCGAAGGAAGAUAUCCCUGCAAAAUGGCGCGACAUACACAGUCCGUCCAGUUCGACCCACCUGAUUGACCCACCGGAGAAAUCAGCGCAUCCAUCUUCCCCAAUUAUUCUAAAUUCUCACCCAUCUCCACAUACGCACCUCUCCAACUGCACCAGCACUCAGAUUAUGGGACCAAUACAUCUCCCAGACAUGGAUAAUUCGAUAAUUCCAAUGCCGUCUCCCAAGAAAGAUAUACAUGCGAAAUGCCAAGAGAUCUACAGUCCGUCUGGUGGAACACGCCUGAUUGAUCUACCAGACCUGUGGCUCCCACAGGAGAUCGUACGUUAUGGAGAAUUCGCAAAGGCCACGACCAUGGCUUUCAAACUAGACUCAUACUGUGGGAGCUGUCAACACCAUCUGGGGAUGGUCUUGGAGCAAAUCUGCCUCAUUAAGCAUGGUUGCAAAGUGGCCAAGUUCAUCUACGCCCACAUUGAUGGGCCCAGUUGGAUGCCCCAAUGGUCUGGCAACGGGAGCAAAGAUACAAAUUUGAUUGGCUAUGUAGCUUUCAGUGACAACUAUAAGUCACACCAGAUUGGACGUAGGGACAUUGCUGUGGUGUGGCGUGGUAUCAAAGCACUCUUGGAGUGGUUUAAGGACAUUGAAAUCGAUCUUAUUCCAUUUGGCAAUGAUGUCUAUGUGGAGUUGGCAUCUGGGUUCCAUAGCAUCUAUAAAUCCAGGAGUGACUCUUCCAGUUAG